CACGGCAGUGUUCUAUGGCGCCCCCCCUGACACUCAACAGGACACAGUAUAACCCCCUCCAGCUGCACAGCCCGGAGUUUUCCUACUUCCGCUCAUGUGACUAAUCACGUGACAUCAUCGCAGGUCCUUCACCCACUAGGAUCCACAAUUCCCCGGCUGGAUAUGGCGGCCGGGCUCCUGGUGUUCAGACUCUGGUUCUUUUCCCUCCUUUUAUCCCAGGUCCGGAGCCACCAAGGGGAGUUCAGUCCCGGACACUCGGUGGGCUCCUUGCCUGUCGGUGCCGCCGCAGCUGAGCGCAGAUACUUGCUGUAUGAUGUAAACCCCCCAGAAGGAUUUAACCUACGUAGAGAUGUAUAUAUUCGCAUGGCUUCCCUUCUUAAGACAUUACGGAAGAGCGCAGAUUGGGUGCUGGUUUUACCCCCAUGGGGUCGUCUUUAUCACUGGCAGAGUCCCGACAUACAUCAAGUUCGGAUUCCCUGGUCGGAAUUCUUUGACACUGACAGUCUGAGCAAAAAUAUCCCUAUAAUUGAGUAUGAAGAUUUCUUGGCAGAAUCUGGGGGACCAUUUAUCGAACAGGUAUAUGUUCUACAAGGUUAUGCUGAGGGCUGGAAGGAAGGCACAUGGGAAGAAAAAGUGGACCAGAGACCAUGUAUAGAUAAGCUCAUGUACUCUGAGGACAAGCAUGGGUACUACAGAGGAUGGUUCUGGGGCUAUGAAGAGACCAGAGGCCUAAAUGUCAGCUGUCUUUCAGUUCAAGGGUCUGCUUCUAUCAUGGCUCCAGUACUACUGAGGAACAGCGCAGUAAGGUCCAUAAUGUUAGACAGAGCUGAAAACCUCCUACAUGACCACUAUGCAGGAAGAGAUUAUUGGAAUACACGUCGCAGUAUGGUGUUUGCUCAGCAUCUGAGGAUAGUUGGGGAUGAGUUCCGGGCCAGUUUUCUUCAAUCUAAUGAUGAAGCUGACAAAACAAUAUUCCAUGAAGACUGGACAAAAGUAAAGGAAAAACCUAGUGCACCAAUUGGAGGACCUUAUCUUGGCGUUCACCUUAGAAGAAAAGAUUUCAUUUGGGGGCACAGGGAAGAUGUACCCAGCCUACAACGAGUAGCAGAGGAAAUUCACAGUCUGUUGAAGAAACGAAAGCUCAAAAAGGUUUUUAUUGCCACAGAUGCCGACAGACAAGAUCUUGAAGAACUUCGAAAGUUAAUCCCUGAAAUGGUGAGGUUUGAGCCUACCUGGGAAGAGCUGGAGAUGUACAAGGAUGGAGGGGUUGCAAUCAUAGACCAGUGGAUCUGUGCACAUGCAAGAUACUUCAUUGGUACCUCUGUCUCCACCUUCUCAUUCCGUAUUCACGAAGAGAGAGAGAUUUUAGGUUUUGAUCCAAAGACAACCUACAACCGGUUCUGUGGUGACAAAGAAAAGAACUGUGAGCAGCCCACACACUGGAAAAUUAUCUACUGACCUUGAUAGCCUAAUAACACCACUUUUCCUAGACGGCAUACUAAAGGCUGGACUGUGUCACAUGCUAUAAAGCUGUUACUUUCUAUGGCUUUAAGGGAACAAAUCUUUAUGCUGUCUACUUGUGACUGUGUAACAUAUGAAUACAAUGACUUGCUCUUACUUCACUACAAAUGCUAACUGAUUGUGGUUGCGUUGUUAUCGACAAGUUACACUGACAUGACAGUGGGCAGAAUCCAAACCUGCUGGAUUCAUUGUGAACACACUUAGUAUUAUUUCAGCACUCUGACAUUGUAAUCUUAUGUUGCAUAGCCACAAGUCUCUGUAGCACUAGACUACUUCUUACUCAGAUGUCUGCAGUUGCUCUGUUAGAGCUUCUUUAGACAUAGACUUGGUAUUGCAGCUCUUGAGAAUGCGUUAAUGACACGGGUUACAUGAACAAGCAUUGAGACAUUUAAUUGUAAUUUAAGAUGAGACUUAAAUAUAAAUCUAUUUUAAAGGGGUUCUCCGGUGCUUAGACAUCUUAUCCCCUAUCCAAAGGAUAGGGGAUAAGAUGCCAGAUCGCGGGAGUCCCGCUGCUGGGGACCACUGUGAUCUUGCACGCACCACCCAGUUUAUAAUCAGACCCGGAGCUAUCGCGCCCACUCCCAUAGACUUGCAUUGAGGGGCGGAGGUGUGACGUCACACGCAGUCGGCCCUGUGGUCGCCGGUAAUCAGACCUGGAGCGAACACGCUCCGGGGACUGAUUAUAAACGGGGUGCCGCGUGCAAGAUCACGGGGGUCCCCAGAGGCAGGACUCCUGCGAUCAGGCAUCUUAUCCCCUAUCCUUUGGAUAGGGGAUAAAAUGUCUAAGCACCGGAGAACCCCUUUAAGACUGUUGGGAAGAAUAAGUCUCGGAAGUCCAUGAACAAUAUGGGUUGUUGAAAGCUGCUCAUAAGGCACAAGGGCCUUGAUGUAAUAUGUCUGUAUUCUAGACCUUUGGUACAAUUAAAUUCAGUAUUUACAGUGCACGCAGAAAGUCUUCACACCGUUUCUAAUUUUUUACAUUUUAUCUUGUGGCCUUAAAGGGGUACUCCGGUGAAAACCUUUUUUCUUUUAAAUCAACUGGUGGCAG